AUGAAUGUCAUUCCUGAAAUUCUUAUCAAUAGAGAUAGAUAUAUAGUUGAUUCAAAUCCUCCUGCUUCUGAAAUAAAAGCUGCAGUUUAUGAACUGGAUCAUGAUAGUUUUCCAGGUCCAGACGGUUUUGGUGGUUGGUUCUACAUGAAAUGUUGGGGAAUAAUUGGUUCAGAUGUAAUACUGCUAGAGAAGGUGAAGAAUGCUAAAAAGCCUCAACAAUUCAGGCCAAUUUGUUUAGCAAAUUUUUUCUUCAAAAUAUUUACAAAAAUUAUUGCAAUGAGGUUAAGUAUCAUUUUGAGUAAGAUUAUAUCUCCUCAACAAGGUGGUUUUAUCAAGGGCAAGUCCAUUCAAGAGCAGAUUGCUUUGGCUUCUGAAAUGGUAAAUGAGAUAGACAUCUCAAGAAGAGGAGGGAAUGUUGCUAUGAAAAUUGAUAUCACUCAGGCUUUUGACACCAUUAGAUGGGAAUUCUUAUUUGAAGUCUUAAGAAAAUCGGGCUUUUCUGCAUCUUUUAUUACUUGGCUGGAAACACUAUUCACAUCAGCAAGAAUCUCAGUCUUGGUAAAUGGAGGUCCAGCAGGUUAUUUCUCUACAAGCAGAGGGCUUAGACAGGGGGAUCCACUUUCCCCUGUCUUAUUUAUCAUUGCAGAAGAUGUUUUAAGUAGGGCUUUAAUAAAAAUGGUGAAAGACAAUAAACUUGUCCCUACGGUGAACAGAAAUGGCAUUUGUCCUACACAUAUCUUCUUUGAAGAUGAUAUGUUUCUCUUUUAUAAUGGUGAUAAGAGGAAUAUAAAGAGAUUAAUGAAGACCCUUAAUGAAUAUCAAGAAGCUUCUGGUCAGAUAAUUAGCUCUACAAAGAGUAAAUGUUUUGUUGGAGGCACCACCAAUAUCAUAAAAGAAGUUAUUGCUGAGGAAUGUCACAUGAAGUUAUCAACUUUUCCAGAAAAAUAUUUGGGAGUAAUGUUAUUCCCAGGAAGAGUUAAGUCAAGUCAUGUCUGGGGGAUUGUAGAACAACUACAAUCAUAUCUAGCUGGAUGGAAAGUUCAUGAAUUACCUGUAGUAGAUGGCUCAACAGAUAAACUAAUAUGGAGUGUUUCAAAUUCAGCCAGUGUUCAUCCCACAGUUAAAGGUGCAAUAUGGAAGUUAGCAAGUAACAUCUGUGCAACUGAUGAUAAUCUGAAGAAAAAGGGAGUUCAAAUAACUUCAAGAUGCUACAUUUGCAAAAAAGAAGAAGAAAGUCUAGAUCAUUUGCUAUGGAAUUGUGACUUUAGUACCAAUCUUUGGUUAUGGAUGAGGAAUGUUUUCAAUUUCAGGAAUCCCAGUUCUUUUCAUGACAUUCUUGGGCUUGCUAAAUAUAAAAGUUCAGUUAUUCUAGAACUCUGGAUAGCAUUUGUUUUACUUAUUUUGAGAGAAAUCUGGUUUUUUAGAAAUAACCUGAUAUUUGAGGAAGAAGUUGAUAGUCUGAACAAAACAAAACAGAAGAUUAUAUUCUUAACUGAUGAAGGAGAAUUCAUACUUAAAGGUUGUAUGAAGAAUGAGGAUUAUGAUCUUCAAAUACUGAGUUUCAUUGGUUUAAAGUACAGGAAAACUUACUCUGCAAAAGUAAUGGAGGUGCAUUUCACUUUACCAAACCCCCCAACUAUACUUAUUUGUUGUGAUGGUGCAUCUAAAAGGAAUCCAGGUAUGGUUGGAUAUGGUUUUGUUGCAAGAAAAGGGAUGGAAUUUCUGGUUGCAGUAGCAGGUGGAAUUGGGGUUGCUACAAACUACUAUGCUGAAGUUAUGGCCAUAAUUUGUGCAGGGGAGUGGGCUGUGCAAAACAAUCACUUACAGAUAUGCUUCAGGUCUGACUCAAAAGCUGCAAUAUUAGCAUUUUCCAACAACAAAAUUCCUUGGUUUGUAAUAACAAGAUGGAAUAAAGUCUGUGCAAAGCUCCAUAAUUUUGUAUUUGAAAAUUCAUAUAGAGAAAUAAAUACUUGUGCUGAUAACCUAGCAAAAGAAGGCAGUGGGCUUGAUAAGAACUGUAUUAAAGUUUAUGCUGAGAGUAGUACUCUCAGUUUAGAGUCCCCACAUCAGGCCUAUUAUAGAUUUUAUUAG